AUGAAUCUAACAGCAGUGAACCAAAGCGAUGUCUGUCAGGAAUAUUCGUGUGCAGAGAGAUCUGUUUCUUUAUCUGUCUACGUGAUUCUGUAUGUGGCCGCAGCAGCUGUGUCUCUUCUGACCGUGUGUGGAAACCUGCUUGUCAUCGUCUCUGUUAGUCACUUCAAGCAGCUCCACACACCUGCUAACAUCCUCAUCCUCUCUUUGGCUGUGUCUGAUCUCCUGGUUGGGGUUUUUGUGAUGCCGUUUCACUUAUCUUGGCUUAUUGAAUCAUGUUGGAUUUCUGGACCCGUGAUGUGUUCGGUUUUCAAUUUUGUGACUUUUCAGGCAACAAGCUCAUCUGUUCACACUGUGGCUUUAAUAGCGGUUGAUCGUUUUUUGGCUUUGAGUUCUCCUUUUGUUUACUCCGAGAAAAUCUCAACCACUGUGAUCUGCAUAGCAACUUUAAUAAACUGGCUGUUUUCACUCUUUUAUAACUUCACAAUUCUUUACGUUAAUGGAAACUUUGCUGAUGUCACAUGUCCAGGAGAAUGUCUUUACAUUGUAGAUGAGGUUUCAUCCCUCAUUGAUCUCAUAGUUGUCUUUCUUAUGCCUUGUACACUUAUUAUAAUAUUAUACACUCAUGUUUUUGUCAUUGCUAAGAAACAUGCGACUGCUAUAAGAGCCCUUCAAGUCAAAAACAGAGUCAGUGACAAAUCAGAGCGAAAAGCUGCAUUAGCACUCGGGAUUCUGGUGUUUGUGUUUCUCUUGUGUUUACUGCCAUAUUAUAUUUUUUCAUUAACAAAUUUCUUACGAGAUGACUCAUUUUCUAAUGUUAUCAACAGUGUUUUGAUUCUCUUUUAUCUUAAUUCCUCGAUCAAUCCACUUCUCUAUGCUCUGUUGUAUCCUUGGUUUAAGAAAAGCGUAAAGAUCAUUCUAACUCUUAAAGUAUUGAACACAGACUCCUCUCUGAUGAAUGUGCUCUCAUUAAGCUCUUAA